UUAAAACUCCUUGGCAAGUCCAAAUGAAACCUUGCACAGUAUCAAGUUCUGUAGUCAAUAGAGUUGGCAAGGGUUUUCUGAACCGCUGAGGAAUAAACUCGACGAUGGAUAAAACGAAGGGUGAAGAGGCCACAGACGGUGGCGAUGGACACCAUAAAGUUCUCGACGAAAGAUUUUACUAUUAUCAGACCAAAGCUGGAAGUAUUUCCAAGACGCCCCUUUCUAUUCGACAGCUGAUUCGUCUCUUUUGUCCAGUCCGUGAAGGAUUAAAUCCAAUUCUACCACCGAAUACUCAAUGCUUGUCUGUGCUUUCCCGAGACAAACCGAAUGGUGGAGAAGCAUGUUACGGGGAAUGGGAGGCAGCAACUCAAAUCGAGAUUCUUCGAAAGGCGUCUUGCAGCAGCUGGUUCUGGACAAUUGAAGGAUCAUCCGCCAAUGGGCCAGGAUCUUGUCGAAAACUUCUGCAAGUAGUAUUGGCUCACGGAGAUAAACAAAAUAGCAAUAUAAUGUUGUUCGCGAAGGACAUAACUCCUGACUGGACGACAAUACCCAAUKUAAAAUACAUGCAGUCGAUACUGACAGCAAUACAAGAUAACAACGCCAAUCAGAAACGCCAAGGAAUAGAACCGACAGAGGACUCGACARAGAAAGUCGGUUUGAGCAAUGUUGGGAAUCUAUCAUCACAAAAUGUUGAAAGACAUGAUGUUCAGCACGAGCUCGAAUCCUUGCUCUCCUCSACGGCAGAAAACGGCUGUGCUAGGGUGGCAUCAAACAACAAGCAACAAUACGAUGACCAUCUGUACGAGAGUGACGGUGGAACUCGCUACGUCAAGGACCCAUUGUCGGGAAACUGGAUCCAUGAAGCAUUGGCCCCGCAAAGUUUUUCUUCCGAGACGAACAAGAAGGCAACACCAUCAACAAAGCCUGGAAAAAAUACGAACUCAAAAAAGUCGAAAAAGGCUAAGUUUUCCAAACGGCAUGCAAAACUCUGGAUAUACAUUUCGGGGCUUCCCACUACAGGUGUUACUGUUGAAGACUUACAGCGUUAUUUUUCCAAAGCUGGAAUGUUGGACUUAGAUCCCGAAACACUCAAACCAAAGAUCAAACUUUACAAAGACCGUUCUACAGGCGAUCUCAAAGGCGAUGCUUCGAUACGCUAUGCACGCUCCGAGUCGGUAGAACUUGCGCUGCAGAUAUUAGACAAUUCUCUAUGGGAUAAAGAUCAUCGAAUCAGAGUYGAAAAGGCAAAAUUCCAAGAAAAAGUUGAUGUAGGAAAGGUUAAGCUGAAUAUAUCAACCGACGAAGUUACAGGUGGUGAUGAUGCUAAAACGUAUAUGAAACGGAAACGUCCUAUAUCRGAGGCGCAGCGUAAAGUAGCUCGGCUAGCAUUACUGCAAGCGCAAGAUGAAGGCUUUGGGGGACGUCUCACAGGUGGGCGUAAGGGUCUCUGCAUCAUUGUCAUUAAGAACAUGUUAUAUGGAAUUCCGGAAGAUGAAUUAGAAGAUGUUUUAGAUGAGUAUUUUGGAAAAUUCGGGUCCAUUGAGAAGAUUACAUGUAUCUCAAAGGCUGAUGUCGUGAUUGUGAAGUAUGGAGAGCCUAUUGCGGCCUCCUCUGCUAUCGAAGCCCUGAAUGGCACUUCAAACCCUAGGACGCUAGUAAAGAUUGAGGCACUUUAUUGGGAUGGAGUGACAGAUUACACGACAGUAGAAGGGGAUGAACACAAGGAACAAAUGGAGGAAGAACGGCGGCAUGAAGAAUUUGGAAAUUGGCUGGAAUCACAAGAGGAAUUGCCCCCUGAAUUACAGUUGCAAGUUGCKCAGGAAUGAGAUGAAGAUCAAUGAACAAUUAUCUGACAACAAUGGAUUWAGUUACUGUAAGGGUGUAACCGAUCUCAUUUACUUUUGAUUGCCUUUCGUGAUACAUUGCUAUUUGUUUCAUCUAAGGAUAAAGCGACUUUUUGAAUGAACAGGAUAAUAGUAGAUAGAUGAUCCUCCCUAGGUAAAUGGCUCCGUUUUGGUCAUUGCUGUGGGCUGGGGUUUUGAUUAGAAUUUUAGAUUGUUGGUCAUAUUUUCUUUUGGACAGAACAUUUUGACAAUUCACUAUAGAGUCUGAAUAUUUUCCCUUGAGAAAUGAAUUCAGUAGGGAAGAAUUGUGUGGAAUACCUUUUAUAUAAUAGAGCAUCAUCAUUGAUGUACGGGAACAUCCACAAAGCAACCAUCAAGUCUUGCAUUCAGGGAAAGAAGAAGGUUAAAUUGCUCUUGUUGUUCUAAUACUUACCAAGUGGAGCAACUCCAGGUUUUUCAGUCUGAUUGUAGUACUAGAUGGGCAUACCUGAAAGAGAAUUUUUCAUUGUUUCAGGAUUUGAAUAUAAUUUUAAUAWUAAU